AGUCAAUGACCCUUCUUUUCAAUCCCCUUUUAUUCGUUCCCAAAAAUAGUUUAAAAAAAAAAAGCAAAGGGUAUCGAAGAAGUGCAGAGCAAGGUCCAGUAACGACGCCGUUCCUGUAGAAUGUUUAAGAACACUUUCCAAUCUGGAUUUCUCUCCAUCUUAUACAGCCUUGGGAGCAAACCUUUGCAGAUAUGGGACAAAGAAGUUGUGAAUGGACAUAUAAAGCGACCACAGGAUGAAGACAUACAAUCAAAUGUGCUGGAAAUAGUUGGAUCAAAUAUUCAGUCGACAUACAUUACAUGCCCAGCUGACCCAGCUGCAACACUUGGCAUAAAACUUCCAUUCCUUGUUAUGAUUGUGAAGAAUAUAAAGAAGUAUUUCACUUUUGAGAUUCAAAUUUUGGAUGAUAAGAAUGUCAGAAGACGAUUUCGAGCAUCUAAUUUCCAAGCUGUCACUAGAGUUAAGCCAUACAUUUGCACCAUGCCGCUUAGAAUGGAUGAUGGGUGGAAUCAAAUCCAGUUGAACUUAGCGGACUUCACGAAGAGAGCAUAUGGCACAAAUUAUAUGGAGACGCUGCGGGUUCAAGUGCAUGCAAACUGUCGCCUGAGAAGGAUAUAUUUCUCCGAUCGCUUGUAUUCUGAAGAGGAACUACCACCAGAAUUCAAAUUGUACCUUCCGAUGCAGAAAGCAUGAACAAGUCAUAGCAUGAGGAAUUCAGAGCUUGAAGGCGGUCGAGCGAUGGAUUUUUUUUUUUCGAACACUAUAAUUGUUCUAUUUCCCCUCUUUCUGUCAGAAAUUAAGCAGUAGUUUGGUUCUGAUGUAUGGUGAUUUAUGCUUAUAUGUGAUAGUAUCUUGCUAAGAACACAAUGAUGAAUGAGAUGCAACUGGGAUUGCAUGAAUAAUGUACAUUACAUGGUUAUAUGAAAGCUGGCCUGUAUGCUUUUCUAAUGGCCCGUGUGUGAUUCUAGGGUUUCAUGAAAUAGACGAUCAAACACGUUGUUAGUGACAUUUGUAUAGGGCGAAAAAAAGUUUUGGCCUCUUAUGGAAUUCGACAAAAAUGCUUGCAGAU